AAGUUCAAAACACAACUCAGACUCUAUUUCCAACGCUAAUUUUUUUUUUUUUUUUUCAAAAUUUUGAGGACCAAAAGUGUACUAAUUUUCUCCUCAGUACCAAUUAGCUGCCCAAAAACUAGCCAGCCCAAUUGUCUCCAAAAGGAUUCGAAGCGGGUCAGUAUCUCGGAUCUGUAACCCAUACCGAUUUUCAUCGUAGUAAGGAAAUCUCUGCGUCUGUUUACAGAAAUUCAGAGAAGAGAAGAGAAAUGGCGUCGGUAGUAAGGAGCAUUUUCCAGUCGAUCAAGGAAAAAGGCAUCGGAAAUUUCGUCAGGGAGCUCAAACAAGAAGGAUACCUGAGGUGUCUCCCGGAUGGAAAUCUUCUGCAAACCAAGAUCCACAACAUAGGUGCAACACUUGUUGGUGUGGAUAAAUUUGGUAACAAAUACUAUGAGAAGCUAGGGGAUACACAAUCUGGAAGACACCGGUGGGUGGAGUAUGCGCAGAAGGAUCGUUACAAUGCUUCACAAGUUCCACCAGAAUGGCAUGGCUGGCUCCAUUACAUCACUGAUCACACCGGAGAUGAACUGCUACUGCUGAAACCACAGAGGUACGGGAUUGAGCACAAGGAAAACGUUUCUGGUGAAGGCGAUGCAUACAUAUAUCACUCCAAGGGACACACUUUAAAUCCUGGACAGAGAGACUGGACUAGGUACCAAUCCUGGCAACCCACCAAGAAGGAAUAGGUUUCAAUGUCUUCAAAAAGCAAUUUCUAAAGCACAGCUGGACAAUUAUAUGGAUUUACUGCCAUGCUUCAUUAAUAAAAAGUCGUUGUAUUGGACCUGUAGUUACAAGCGCAUGUGCACUAUCAAAUUUCAGGUUGAUACAUUUGCUGUUCAAUCUCUUAUCAUUGAUAUGGUGUCAGAUUUUGAAUUGGAUCCAAAAUGUAGUCAUGCACGCUUUAUCCGUUUGCCGGUUUAAAGUGUCUGAUGGUUAUUUUUGAAACUAAGCUAUUCACUGAUAUGUUAUCCUUUGAAUUGAAAA